ACGUGGCCUCACAAGAUGGCGCCCUCGUGCCAGACGGGCGAGCUAGUGAGAGUGGGGCGCGGCGGACUUCUGUCGCGCUCUAACCGCGUGUUCUGUGUCCGCGCGCUGCGUGCGUGGAGGAGCGGCGGGAUGUGCACGUAGAAGAGCGGGAACGAGGCGCGCUCGCUCCGUGUCCGAGAGGGAGGCUUUGUCCGCGCGCGCCGACCACCUCGUCAAAAUGGCCCAGCAUGUGUUCGAUAACGAUGAAUACCGACCACCUGUGUGGAAAUCCUACUUGUAUCAGCUCCAGCAGGAAGCACCCCAUCCCCGCCGUAUCACCUGCACUUCUGAGGUGGAAAAUCGCCCCAAAUAUUACGGAAGGGAAUUCCAUGGUAUGAUUUCCAGAGAAGAAGCUGAUCAGUUGCUGAGCAUUGCAGAAGGAAGCUAUCUCAUCCGGGAGAGUCAGAGGCAGCCAGGCACUUAUACUUUAGCUUUACGCUUUGGGAAUCAGACGAAGAACUUCCGCUUGUACCACGAUGGGAAGCACUUUGUCGGGGAAAAACGCUUUGAAUCCAUUCAUGACCUGGUGACAGAUGGCCUCAUUACAUUGUACAUUGAGACCAAGGCAGCCGAGUACAUCUCUAAGAUGACCAUCAACCCCAUCUAUGAGCACGUAGGUUACACCACGCUGAAUCGUGAGCCUGCCCCCAAGAGGCACAUGCCUGUCCUCAAAGACCUGCCAGAUGGGAAGGAAGAAGUUGCCCUGGAGGAGAGGCUCACCUCGCUGGUCCGCCGAGCGACACUGAAGGAGAACGACCGUACACCCAAGUAUGAGAAAGUGCACAACUUCAAGGUGCACACAUUUCGGGGGCCCCACUGGUGUGAAUACUGUGCCAAUUUCAUGUGGGGACUGAUUGCUCAGGGAGUCAAAUGUGCAGACUGUGGUUUGAAUGUCCAUAAGCAGUGCUCCAAGGUGGUUCCUGAUGACUGUAAGCCAGACCUGAAGCAUGUGAAGAAAGUGUACAGCUGUGACCUGACCACCCUGGUAAAGGCCCAUAACACCAAGAGGCCCAUGGUGGUAGACAUGUGCAUUCGUGAGAUCGAGUCACGAGGUCUGAAGUCUGAGGGGCUGUACAGAGUAUCAGGAUUCAGUGAUUUAAUUGAAGAUGUCAAGUUGGCGUUUGACAGAGAUGGUGAGAAGGCAGAUAUCUCUGUGAAUGUUUAUGAAGAUAUUAAUAUCAUCACUGGUGCACUUAAACUGUACUUUAGGGAUUUACCGAUUCCUGUCAUCACAUAUGAUGCCUACCCCAGAUUCAUUGAGGCUGCAAAGCUGACGGACACUGAUGAGCGGCUGGAGGCCCUGCAUGAGGCCUUGAAGCUCCUGCCGCCUGCACACUGUGAAACACUGAGAUAUCUCAUGGCUCACUUGAAGAGGGUGACCCAGCAUGAGAAGGACAACCUGAUGAACGCGGAGAACCUGGGCAUUGUCUUCGGUCCCACCCUCAUGCGUGCCCCAGACUUGGAUGCCAUGACAGCACUGAAUGACAUCCGCUACCAACGGCAAGUGGUGGAGUCGCUCAUCAAAAAUGAGGACAUUUUGUUCUGAAAAGGGAUCAAUUCAACAUAGCAAAUGAAGGAAUCACAUUUUGAUAUCUAGCAGCUUGAUGCUGUCUUGCAUUUUUUGUGUAAAAGGCUUGAAUAUGAAGGAACAUUUUUAUCAUUGUACAUCUUUUUCUCACUCCCGAUGGACCAGUACUGUAAAUACCUUUUUCUUCCCCUUUUGAUGGGUGUGGAUUAUGUACCUUAAAAUUAAGUUUUGCAUGUUUGCCUCCCCAUUUUUGUCGGGGGUUGUUUCAGGACUAAAAUUGGCGGAGUGUCUUUCUUGGAUAGUCUUCUAGGGAGUAUCCAGCAUGAGUUUAGCAUUUUUGCAGUCUAAAGCAUUGUGGCUCUGCUUUCAUUGUCCUGUGGAUGUAGCUCAUUGUAGCCCAGUUGUUUUUGUGAAACACUAUAUACCUAUAUGUGAAAUAGAAUACUGUAUUUUUUUUAUACCUUUGUGAAGAUUCCAGACUUUUUUUUUUUUAUACACAGUACUUAUUUAGCUGGACUUUACAGCCGCUUUCUAACAUAAUUUAAGGAAUCUGUUUUUUUUUUUUUUUUCCCUGAAAUAUUUGGCCUUCAAAU